AUGUUUACAUCAAUGAAAUUUUCAUUAGCAGUUCAAUGUAAUACAAAUCCUUGUGAGUUAGGCGGUAAUUUUGUACCACCUAAUUAUCAAUGUAUACAAGCAACAGACAAUUUUAAUAAUGUUGUUUGUACAUGUCCUGAUGGUCAUGUAGAAAUAAAUACUCGUUGUCGUAUUUGUGAAUCGGUUAAUUGUGGUACAAAUGGUGUUUGUAUCGAAAGAAUGUUUUUUGAAAGUUUAUAUUAUGCUUGUGGUUGUAGUAAUGGAACAAAUAAUUAUCUUAAUCCUGGUCCAUGUCCAAAUGCUAAUCCAGCAACGACAACGACACCACCACCGUCUGGUUUCUGUCUCAACGGUGGUACUUAUAAUACGGCAACAGAUACAUGUAUUUGUCAAGCUGGUUUUACAGGUCGUUAUUGUGAGACACCGCCUGUUCAAACAAAUUGUCAAAAUGUAACAUGUGCUAAUGGGGGUGUUUGUAAUCCAGUACCAUCAAUUGAAAAUGGAGUUGAGAUGCAAUGCUUAUGUUUAAAUGGUUUCGCUGGUCCGAAUUGUGAAUUAGUCGGUGUACCUGGUCGAUGUACACCUGGCUUGUGUCAAAAUGGUGGUACUUGUGAAGAAAGAGUAAAUGGUGCAGCAGUUUUUGCUUAUUGUCGAUGUCCAUCAGGUUUUACUGAUCAAUGUUGUCAAACGCCAUAUUUUUCAUGUCCAGCUCCAGGUUUAUAUGCUGAUCCAAUAAAUUGUAAAUUUGGUCGAUAUUUUCAAUGCACUGGUUUAACUCUAUCAACACUAUCAUGUCCCAGAGGUCUUCGAUAUAAUUUUAUGAAAAUGCAAUGUGAUUCAGAUGUUUCUUGUCCGCCAUAA